UCUUGUGUAAAUUCCCCGGUUGUUCUUCCUUCUCCGCGAUUCAAUAAUGGCGACCGAGUCUCCGAGUUCUGUGCGAAAAGUUGUUGUUCACCUAAGAGCUACUGGUGGCGCUCCAAUACUCAAACAAUCUAAAUUCAAGAUCCCAGGAACUGACAAAUUCGCUAAAGUGAUUGACUUUCUUCGGCGGCAGCUUCAUUCAGACACAUUGUUUGUCUAUGUGAACAGCGCUUUCUCGCCAAACCCUGAUGAAUCGGUGAUUGAUCUAUACAAUAAUUUUGGCUUUGACGGUAAACUGGUGGUUAACUAUGCAUUUUCCAUGGCAUGGGGCUAAAAACUGAUGAAUUCGCCAUUCUCAAGCUUUGAAGCCAAGGCAAGGUUCUUUGUGGUAUAUGAGCACAACAUCAGUACCUAUCCCUGAGCUUCAUUGUAGAACCGAAAGUUUCUGUACAUUCAUAGCAAUACCACUGAUCUUUUUUUAUACAUGUACAAAGUGGUGUUUAUUCGGCUCCUUUCAUUAGGGUUUUUUUCCCUCUAAUUUAUCAUGGAUAAUUGGAUAUGUUGGAUCA